AUGCAGGCAUCAAGAGCAAGGCUUUUCAAGGAGUACAAGGAGGUUCAGAGGGAGAAAGCGGCUGAUCCAGAUAUUCAAUUAGUUUGUGAUGAUUCCAACAUAUUUAAAUGGACAGCUCUUAUUAAGGGGCCAUCAGAAACACCUUAUGAAGGUGGCGUUUUCCAGCUUGCUUUUUCUGUCCCGGAGCAAUAUCCUCUGCAGCCUCCUCAAGUUCGAUUCUUAACCAAAAUAUUUCAUCCAAAUGUUCAUUUUAAGACAGGAGAGAUUUGCCUUGAUAUAUUGAAAAAUGCAUGGAGCCCAGCUUGGACACUCCAGUCUGUUUGUAGGGCUAUCAUUGCUUUGAUGGGCCAUCCAGAACCUGAUAGCCCGCUAAAUUGUGAUUCAGGUAAUCUUCUCCGAUCUGGUGAUAUCCGAGGAUUCCAGUCCAUGGCAAGGAUGUAUACUCGGCUUGCGGCCAUGCCCAAGAAAGGGUGA